GGACUUUAUUAAUACAUCCUUUGAUCCUCAUCACAGGGUUCUCCUUUGAACUUUCUGAUCCUCCUUCGAUAAUACUACGGUCCUUUCAGCACCCUUUGGCAUUUCUUGAAGAGUUAACUUCCAUCUCUGUUAUUAACCGCCAACAUGAGUCUCAAGAACGACGCAUUUCCCUCCUCCGCCGCAUUCGAUGUGAUCAACGCUGCCCUGCAGUCGGACGCCGGCGAGCGCAAAGACGCCAUUGAUAAGGCCAAGGCGGUGGUCUCCUUCAGCCUCAAAAACUCCCAGGGUAAAGAGGAGAGUUGGUACCUAGAUCUCAAGGACAAGGGAGUCGUGGGAAAGGGGGCCGCCCCCCAGGGUGGAAAGGCUGACGUCACUCUCUCGCUUUCUGAUGAGGACUUCAGCUCCCUUGUUAGCGGCAAGGCCAAUGCUCAGCGCUUGUUUAUGGGUGGUAAGCUCAAGAUCAAGGGCAACAUCAUGAAGGCGACCAAGAUGGAGCCUGUUUUGAAGAAGGCCCAGAGCAAGGCCAAGCUAUAGAUACCCUUUUGGAUUUCUGGAUCAAUUUUUCGUCUUACACGCGUUUCUCUGCCUCUCCUGUAUAGCUAUUUCCAACAGAAGAUUGAUAGGCCAACUUAAGAAUUUAGAAGGAUUUGCAU